AUGGAGCCUGACACCAGUGGCACUGUACAAUAUGAUCGCUGGAAUGAGAACAAUAUCAACAUGAAUGUGGAGGCUUCCCAGCCUACUAAGAUGAGGAUCUACAACAGACUGUGCACGGGGACCGUCGGAAUACUUGUGAAAGUUGCUAUAGCUUUGACUUCAAUGGUGGUCAUUUACAUCGCAGGAUACAUGACGGGAUACCACGUUCAUCGGUGCGAGUAG